AUGUCUGCAGAUGCGGGAUCGUCUGCAGACAGUUUUAUAGAAUCUCGUUGGACAAUGAGAGACAAUUACAGUUCUUUACCAAAUUUGUUAACAUAUAACGGAAGUUCGUUAACAGCCUCAAAAAGACUAAUAUUUGCUAGACAAAACCGAAAACAAGUAUUUUCAUUUGAUAUAUCUAUCCGAAUUUUCGCACAUCGAGUCUUUUUGGUAGCAGGGACUGGACAUAUUAUCAAAGGCCAGGCCAUGGAACUGACAGUCUUUCUUUUUGCUCUUGCGGUUGCCAUGCCGACUGUGAACUCUCAAAUACAGAACGUUCGGGUUCCGCCUGGAGCUUUGGUUGAAUUUGAAUUUGAAUUUAUCAAUCCGAAACCAGGACAGUCCGGGGGCGGUGCCAGCGGCGGAGCAGGUGGUCAAGCAGCUGGUAGUGGUACGAGUCAAGGAAUGACACGUGGGCAAAUGCAAAUGCUGUCUCAAAUGAUGGGAAGUGCCAGUCAAAUGAUGGGCGGUUCUGGUAUGACAAUGGCAGGAUCAAGUCCAAUGGCGGGAAGUGGCGCUCAAAUGAUGGGUGGCGCUAGUCAGCCAAUGGGAGGAGUUAGCAUGAUGAUGGGCGGACCUAGUCAAAUGAUGCCAGGUGCUGGGCAGGCAAUGUCAGGUGGUGCUCAAAUGAUGCCAGGUGCUGGACAGGCAAUGUCAGGUGGUGGUCAAAUGAUGCCAGGUGCUGGACAGGCAAUGUCAGGUGGUGGUCAAAUGAUGCCAGGUGCUGGGCAGGCAAUGUCAGGUGGUGGUCAAAUGAUGCCAGGUGCUGGGCAGGCAAUGCCAGGUGCUGGUCAAAUGAUGCCAGGUGCUGGGCAGGCAAUGCCAGGUGCUGGUCAAAUGAUGCCAGGUGCUGGGCAGGCAAUGCCAGGUGCUGGUCAAAUGAUGCCAGGUGCUGGGCAGGCAAUGUCAGGCGGUGGUCUAAUGAUGUCAGGUGCCGGGCAACCAAUGUCAGGAGGUGGGCCCGGACAAUCUAUGGGCGGAGCAGGUCAGGGAAUGGCAGGAGCCGGACAAAUGGCCGCCCAAGCAAUGGCUGCUAAUGCACCAGGUUCUCCUGUUCAAGCACUAUUAUCAAAUAUGGCAAGAAUGGCGCUUGCUCUUAGAAGAAUAAAUGGUAUAAAUCAACGACUUCCGCCUAUGGAGGAGCCGUGUCCGUGUGAUGCCGAAUGCUGUUCACUUCCAAUGGAGCCUAGACGUAUACUUCCGGUGCUCAAUAUACCAAUGACAAUGCAUCCUGGUUGCUGUGGUUGCGUUGAAUGUCCUUUAUCUUUAUCUCCAGUUAUAGGCGGAAUGUUACAAGUAGCAAGGACGGCCCCAAUGCCACCGAUGCCACGCCCAAGAGAUUUGUAAGUAAUAUAAGGCAGCAUGGAUGCUACUCAUCGAUGUUUAGAAAACAACGCAAGCUGUAGAUAUCAGAUAUUAAAAAGGGCUCACGUACUUACUAAUUUAAUAUGUUUAGUUCAAUGCAUUGACAUGGCCUUGAUAGAUAGUAUUAUUGAUAAAUAAAGAGAUAGACAGAAAAUUA